CUGUCUCUCCGCUUUGCUGCAAGGAACCGUAGUGCCGCCCUCUGGGGCAGGGCAGCCUUGGCACCACCAUGGGGAGAGGCGGGGGCGGCCAGGGCAGGGCACUGCGGGGGCGAUGCCCUGUUCCUUCCUCUCUGCAGGUGACCUCACCGGCAGAGGGGGGCGGGGGGGUUGAAGACUAACACCCCCAGCCCCAAUCUCAUCCCUCCUGCCAUUGGCCCUGGCCAGGCUUUUCACCGUCCCUCUGCUGCGGGUGCCGUGUGCCCGCCGGGGGCUGGGGCUCGCGGCUCGGCAGGCUGAGCAACAAGAGGUCACCCUCCCGCCCGCGCCCGGCUGCGCUCCUCGCCCCGGCUCCGGCAGCCGGGCGGUUGCCAUCAAUUAUUAAUCGCCUCCCAGCAGCCGCGGCGGGGAGCGGGAGCAGCCGCGAUAAGGGAGGGCGGCAGGGAGGGCGGGCAGGAGGAGGGGAGUGUGUGUGCGAGCUGCGCCUGGCUCACUGAGGCCGGCGGCUGCCUGCGGAGCGGAGGCUGCAGCGGCGGCGCGUUUGGAGAGCUGCGGGUCCCCCUCGCCACCAUGUCCCCGCGCUGCGCGGCGGCCGCCUCGCCGGGAAGGGCCGCCGCCCCGGAGGACACGGGAGGAUGAGGCGGAGGCGGCGGAGGAAGGAGGAGGCGGCGAGGCAGGCAGGGGGAGGCCGGAGGAGGCGGUGGGGCAGCGGAGGAUGAAGUGGAGUGUCCGGGGAGCCUGCGCCGCGCUCUCCAGCUGCCUCCUGCUCGCCUGCGCGCUCAGCGCCGCCGCCGUGGGCCUCAAGUGCUUCUCGCUGGGCUCGGAGCUCAAGGGGGAGCCCUUCCGCCUGGGCACCGCCGCCGGCGCCUUCUACUCGGGGCUGCUGCUGGCCGCCGGCCUCUCGCUGCUGGGCUCGGCGCUGCUCUGCUGCCGCCCGCCGGAGGGGGAGGCGGCCGGGGGGCAGCAGCCCGCGGCGGCGGGCGGGGGCGGCGAGGCGGCGCCGCCGGGGGGCCGGCAGAACUUCCUGCUGCUGGGCGUGCUGGUCUUCAUGCUGGGCGUGCUGAGCGCCUUCGCCGGGGCCGUCAUCGACGGCGACACGGUGUCGCUGGUGGAGAGGAAGUACUCGCACUACUGCGGCCCGGCCCUCGGCGGCGGCGGCCCGCGGGCGGCGAGCGCGGCGCUGCGCUGCCAGAAGCUGCGGGACUACCAGCGCGGCUUGGUGCUCUCCACCGUCUUCAACGCGCUGGAGUGCCUGCUGGGCCUGCUCAGCCUGCUGCUAGUCCGCAACUACAAGGCGGCCCAGCAGCGCGGGCUCCGCCGGCAGCGCCGCCGCCAGCAGCAGCGGCCGGCGCCUGGCGGGAGGAGACGGAGGCGGCGGCGGGGCGGAGGCGGGGGAGCGGGCGGGCGGCGGGCGCCGCGGCCGAGCCAGGGCUCCAUCUUCUCCAGCGAGGAGCCCGAGCUGUCCCCCGCCGACUGCCCCUUCCAGGCAGUCUCCUACAUCAACGUGGGCGUCUUCCACGUGUUCGACGAGGCCGGCGUGGAGGUGCACUGCGGCGGGCACCCUUCCCUGGAGCUGCCCGGCUACUCGCCCAUGGACCCCGAGCUCAACCCUUCCUACCCCUAUUGCUACCCGCUGCCCCACGAGCAGCCCCCGGCCUAUGAGGAGAUCUACCCCGGGGAGCCCUGCGCCAACAGCAGCUAGCGAGGGGCCGGCCCCAGGGAACCGCACCUGCGCUGACAAUCAGCCGCUGGCACCAGGCAGCCCCUGCCACAGCUUUUGGGGGACAUACCCUGGGCAGCAUCAGCCCCCUCUCUUCACCUCAUCGGCCCGCGCAAGAAGCGUGCCUCCCUCGUCUCUCCGCGCUAACGCCCGCUGCGGCUAAGCGCCUUGCAAAAGAUCAGCCUCAGUCUCCCGCACCCUCGAGCUCCAUCACUGCAUUUCGUGAGACCCUGACCAGAGCCCCACCGUCCGCUGCUCCUGCUGGUGAAGAAGGCUGGGGCGUGACCGAGCAAUCCCACUAGUACAUUUUUCACUAUCAUGGUUCUGCCUGCUGGACUUUUUCAUCUGUCUUGUCUGCUAAAUAUCAAGAUCAAGUUUUAAAAGGCUGGACAAGAACCAUUUAGGAGUUGGUUCUUCCCGUCCUGAUGUCUCUUUGGCCAAUUUUUUUUUAAGUGAAUCAUCAUCAUAGUCUUUUCUUCAGCUUUAAAACGGUACAAAAGUAUACCAUUUAUGAUAACCAGCCAGGGUAAGGGGAAAAGUGUAAGGAAGCUUCUUUACUUCUCAAACAGAGAAAUUUUUAACAACGAAAAGACGUUCCUGUAAUGUUUACCACAGCUGUUUGGGGAAAUUCUUAUGUUUACACUUUCUUGAAGAUUUAAAUUCUAUUUAAAAUGUAGUGAGAAUUAAACCCUGUGUUGGGUCUGGUAGGGUGCACAUUAAACCCCCCCUGCACUUUCAAAAGGAAAAGGAAACAGCAACAUUUUUGUACACUAAUGUGCCUGCUUUUGUUGUUAACUUCUUACUGUAAAAGCUUUCGAAAGCCUACAGCGAAAAGGUUUGGUAGAUUCAUUGCAAUCUAAAAUUAAUCACUUUACUAAAAUAAUUGAGAUGUUAUUGGGAUAUAGCAAUUAAAAGGAAGUCCAAAUGUCACCUACAUUCCUUUUUGUAAACAAGUUCUGUGUUUUUAAUGCGAGGCAGGGGUCAUUUUUGUUUUACACAAGUUUAAUUUUGUACAACUAUAUAGUUUCUCUUGUAAAGAAUUUCAUCGUACUGUUAUAAAUUCAUCAAUCUGGUAAGCUUGAAUAUUAAAGUUUAUUUUAAAAUAUAUACUUUAAACAGCCUUAAUUGAUGUAAUUGCCACAGUUCUAAAGGAGAAGUUGUACAAACACACCUUCCAAACACGUUUUCAGAAUCACACUUAAAAUUCCCACUAAACCUGGAGAAUAAAAGUGGAAAGCGUAAUUUAAUGCACAGAGAGCAAAGAAAAAAAAUUAGAUUAAUUUACAAAAGUUAGCAAAUACAGACACAUUUAAAAAGGAUUCCAGCCAAAAAUAAGAAACUAUUAAUCCUCAUUUAGCAGCCUGUUGUGGGAUGUCAAUUUAUCAGAUAGCAGGAGAAAGUAAUAAUUAAGGAAAACAACUAUGGGGUAUUUUUUUGUUGCACAGAAAAGGUGAAGGCUUAAGUAAUGUUGCCCAAAGAACAAACAAGGCACACUUCGGAUGGUGGCCUCCCACCUCUUUUUUCAAUUAGCAUGUAUUAAAAUGGAAUCCUAUACAAAUAAGAACCCUUCUGUUAAUCCUCAUUUUGGAACCUACUGUGUAAUGUCAGUGUAUUAGAUAGUAGGAGGAAGAGGUAGUUGCAGGAAAACAGAAUUAUGGCAUAUUUUUGUGGGGGACAAAGUUAUUUUUAAAUGUUAAGAAGCCAAGAGAAAAGUAAUGUACAGCCUUAGACUCAGUAAAAGCACAUUUUAGCCUAAAAAUGUUGCUGCCUCUCUGCACUAUUUUGUUUUCUAAAGCAUUUUGAUUUGCACACUUUGUAUUGCCUAAAAUGCAGAAUGCCUUAGAAGUCUUUUUAAAAUAAACUGUAUCUAUGAAUCACAUAACAAAUCUUUACUCUAGAUAUGGAAUCAAAUGCAACUAUUCCAAGUUUGCCAAGUAAUUCUAAAUUGUGGAAGUCUAGUGAUACAGUGCUUUUCAUUUGGCUGAAAUUUUAUCCUGUGGAGAAGGCCAGCACAAAGCCCUGUUUAAGUCCUACUUAAGUCUUCAAAAUAGGCUUUAUGCUGGGCCUCUGCACAAGGGGAAAAUUUCACCCCCUUUAAACCCAAUCCUGUAGUCCUUACAUACAGUGCUGAUUUAGCCAAAAAUUUCAUAUUUUAUAUAAUAGAGCCAAGGUUGUGGGGUUUGGUUUUUUGUUUUUGAUGGUUUAUUUUUUAUUUUAUUUUUUUACAAAAUGGGUAACUGAAGGAAGGAUGCUAAAUCCUUAUUUAGGCUCCUGAAUAAGUGGCUUGAUUAGCAAAAAUGCUGAGCACCCAGCCACUCACUGAAUUUAAAGGGGAAUUGCUGGGUGCUGAGUACUUUUAAAAGUUAGGCCAUUACUUGAAAUGGCUAAAUAGAGAUUUAGAAGGUUAACGGCAGGUGUCUAUUUUUAAAAUCUUGGCUAUACAAUGGAAUUUUUUAAAAACUUUAAGAAAUUGAUUUUUAACAGGAAAUACCAAUAUUUUAGGGUUCAUAAAAUUAGAUAAGUCUGAAACUCCAGUUGUUCCAAAGACCAGUGCUCAGGGAAAUAAAUGGAAAGUCAAGAAAGCUACCUAUUACACUCAAGUUUAAAUAUAACAUAACUUUAAACUCAAAAUUUUAAAAGAUUGUUAAAUUCACUUUUUUGUUGUGUUAUUUAAAUAUUAUCUUUUCAGAAUGCCAUUAUGUUUAAACAUUGUUUGUGGAUCAGCUACUUCCUAAAUUCAUAUCUUUCUUCACUUGGGCUUUUUCCCCUACUAAUAGUUUAAUUUAGUGAUGGAAAACAUGCCGGAAAAACAAUCUAAAUCCAACUACUACUGAAGUUAAUGGGAGUUUUGCCAUUGACUUCAGUGGGAGUAGGAGUCAGCACAAAUGAUUCUAGCUACUCCACAUAAUACAUGUGUAAAACAAUAUAUUAGUCUUCUGGCACAACAGAUAAGAUGCAGCAUGAAAUAUUAGCUCUCAGAUAUGUAUUAUUUGUAUCAACAGAAGUGUGAAGAAAGUAACAUGGUGUCACACAUUUUUUAUACAUAUAAAAUUAGGCAGGCAAGUUGACCAAACAAGCCAUGUUUUCUUAAAGAUGGUAUGCAAAUGUUUCAGGUAUCAGGUGACUAACUUUUAUGGCAAAACGCAAAUGUAUUUAUUUCUCAGUGAGAAGAAACUUAUAAAUACAAAGUACAAGAAGAAGCUUCACAAGCGUGAUCCAAGUGUCAUGGAGCCAUUUUCAGUAAUUUUGAAAACCAUUAUUAUAUAGAUUGAGCAAUAAUGUUCGAGUGUAUAUAUAGUAUUCUGCCCAAAUGGAAAUAGGCUGGUGUAGUAUUAGAAUUUUAGGUUAAUUACAUUAGAGGGCUCAUGCUACCCAAUCUUUUUAAAAUUAUAUCCCAUAUGUCAUGUAAUUGACAGAGUAAAUGCAAAAGCAAAUCUGAUAUAGGUCACUGGGGGGGAGGGGGGGUUAACUACCUUACAGGAUUUUAUUCCAUAAACAUAAUAAAACAAGGGAAAAAACCACACAAAUAUUGUUAACACGUGUAUCCAUACAUACACACUCAUUUAGGUCCCAGUCUUGCUUUAAUUGAAGACCAUGGCAACACUCCCAUUGCGCCUGAUCAGCCACUGCUUUACACUUUGUUUAGUCACAUCUGUGCAAAGGUGAUAUAAAGUGGGUGUGAAUGCUACUGAACUUGCAGCAUUUCACCUCCAUUUUCCAAUGCCUUUUCGCAGGUGUAAGUGACCAAAAAAGGAACAAGACAGUGGAGAAUCAGGCCCAUUGUCUUCGGCCGGAGCAGAAUUGGGCCUCUGUGUGAAAAGAAAAUGCCACCAGCCUAUUAGUAAUUCAGAUGAAUGAUUUUCACACACUCCAACAUCUUGCUUAACUAAGUUACUAUAUUUUGCAUUGUAAUUGACAGACAGAAUAAAUGUAAAUUAAAAAAGAAAGAGCAUUUGAUGCUAAAAGAAAUUUUUAUUAAACUAGUACAGUUCAUACUCUAAGUUUGAUUUCACUAUAGGACUUCUUUGGUUCACCAAAAGGCACUAUGGUGACUGGUAUAACUUAGAUAUAUUUCAAAUGUAAUGUUUAAUCAUCAGAAAAGGUUUCUAAAAAAAAAAGUUAAUGUGAUGAGGGCAAUCUGUUUCUGGGUUUGGACUUAGUACAUAUGAAAACCUUUUCUCCAUUUUGCCAUUUAAUCUGAGAUUGAUCCUCAACAAAAAUGUCAAAUAAUUGAGAUUGUAAUUUUAGGAUCAAUAAAAUAUGUUUUAAAGCACAGCA